AUAUAAAAGGCGAAAAAAGGAAAGAAGCUCUUCGGGCAGUUCGGGCAGUUAUUGCACGUCCUUUCGACGCCGCUCUCCCUUCCUCUUUUCUCCCGUCCAGCUUCCUCCAAAGCAGUAGAUAAGAAGAGAAACCGGAAGCAAACAGCAAGGGAAUCGGAGGAGAAGAAGAUAAAAAGAAAGCCGAUAGAACGAACGAACGAAAGAAAGAUAGGGAGGGAUCGAGGUAGAGGAGGAGAAUGGAAAGCUACAAGUACUGCUUGUGUUUCUCGAGGAAGUUCCGGUGGGUUGAGGCGCAGCCGCCGGAGGACGUGAAGGAGGCAUUCACGGCGUACGCGGAGCGAGGGUCCCACAUCAACGCCGAGCAGCUCCGGCGGUUCCUCGCCGACGCCCAGGGCGACGCCGGUGCCACCGCAGCCGACGCCGAGCGGGUGAUGGAGCAGGCCUACCAGCUCCGCCAUCGCCACACUCUCGUCAAGCUCUCCAAGCCCCUGCUUGCCCUCGAGGACUUCCACCAAUUCCUCUUCUCCGAGGACCUCAACCCUCCUUUCCGAUCCCAGGUUCACCAAGAAAUGACUGCUCCGUUAUCCCAUUAUUACAUAUACACAGGCCAUAAUUCAUAUUUGACUGGGAACCAGCUCAGCAGUGAUUGCAGCGAUGUUCCGAUUAUAAAAGCACUGGAGAGAGGUGUUCGAGUGAUUGAACUGGAUAUCUGGCCAAAUUCUACAAAAGAUGGCAUUAAUGUUCUUCAUGGGAGGACAUUGACUACUCCAGUGGAACUUAUCAAAUGUUUAAGGUCCAUUAAAGAAUAUGCCUUUACUGCAUCUCCAUAUCCUGUGAUCAUAACUCUAGAAGACCACCUUACUCCUGAUCUUCAGGCUAAAGUAGCUGAGAUGGUUACCGAAACAUUUGGAGACAUGCUGUAUUACCCUGACAAGGAUUCAAUUGAAGAAUUCCCUUCACCAGAAGCUCUGAAGAGAAGAAUUAUUCUUUCAACCAAACCACCAAAAGAGUACCUUGAAGCUAAGGAUGAUAAGGACAAAGAUGGUGCACCUCAAAAUGGGAAGGUUUCGAAUGAAGAAGAAGCAUGGGGAAAGGAGGUCCCUGAUCUGCAAUAUGAGUUGGAAUCUGCUGAUAAGCAGAAUGAGAAUGAUCAGAUUGAAGAUGAGGAAGACGAUGACGACGACAAUGAUGACGACGACCCCAAAGUGCACCAGAAUUCAGCACCUGAGUACAAGCAUCUGAUCACUAUCAGGGCUGGAAAACCUAAAGGUCGGUUAAGUGACUCAUUAAAAGUGGAUCCUGAUAAAGUUAGACGUCUUAGUUUGAGUGAACAAGAACUUGCAAAGGCAGCAAUAACUCAUGGGGCUGAUCUAGUAAGGUUUACUCAAAAAAAUCUACUCAGGAUAUACCCAAAGGGGACACGCUUUAAUUCUUCUAAUUACAAUCCAUUUAUUGGUUGGAUGCAUGGUGCUCAGAUGGUUGCAUUUAAUAUGCAGGGAUAUGGAAGAUCACUAUGGUUGAUGCAUGGAUUCUACAAAGCCAACGGGGGCUGUGGUUAUGUAAAGAAACCUGAUUUCUUGCUGAAGACUGGUCCGAACAGGGAGGUUUUUCAUCCUACAGCAAAUUUACCUGUGAAGAAAACUUUGAAGGUCAAAGUGUACAUGGGAGAUGGUUGGCGUAAGGACUUUAGUCAGACCCAUUUUGAUGCAUAUUCCCCUCCAGACUUCUAUACAAGGGUAGGGAUAGCUGGGGUUCCAGCAGAUGCUGUAAUGAAGAAAACAAAGGCAAUAGAGGACGACUGGACACCAGUUUGGAAUGAGGAGUUUACUUUCCCAUUGACCGUGCCCGAACUGGCUUUGCUUCGGAUUGAAGUACAUGAGUAUGAUAUGUCUGAGAAGGAUGACUUUGGUGGUCAGACCUGCUUGCCGGUAUCAGAGUUGGGACCAGGGAUCCGAGCUGUGCCUCUUUUUGAUCGCAAAGGAAUGAAGUUCAAGUCCGUAAAGCUGCUUGUGCGGUUCGAGUUUGUUUGAUGUUUCUGUUGAAUGUGUGGUUGUGCUAUAUCCUUGGAGAGGGUCGGAUGUUGUAUUAUGGCUUACUAUUUUGCAGAUGGAUUUCAUACUCUGUGUAAACAUAGAAUGAUGUUAUCAUGGUGAAGUGGUAUCAUUGCAUUAUUGAUGUACAUAUGGUAAUAAAUAUAGUAAUACUAUUUUUUUGGAACUUUA